AUGGCGCAAGAGUCGCAACACCUCAUCUUCUCGGUCAGCACAAAAAAUCAUGAGUCUGGAAUUGUUCGCGGAACACUGUCACGCCAUCCAGACACUCCAAAGUAUCCCAUCACACGAGUCAAACCUGUGCAUACUACUGCCUCAUCUCUGAUCGGAAGGCCUGUUCUUAACGCUGUAAUUAAGCCACAGCGUAAGCGCCCACGUCACGAGCAAGAUCUAGGAAGUGACGACAUUGAAAGCGAUGAAGAGUUUGUGCACAUACCUCCAACAUCGUCCAAGCGCCAGCGCAAGGUCGACUCUUCUUUGACCAGCAAUGAUGCCGAAGUCGAUUUUGGUCACUCGAGCGGUGAGGCCAUCCGCGCUCAGGGGCGCUCAACGCCACGUCUUUCCUGGCAAAAGGACAGUUCAGAUGUAGUGGCCGUAGAGAAUGAUGUCCCAAAUCUCGAAAAGCGGAAGCUGAACAUGAAUCGCGCAGCCGGGGAUCUGCUUAUGACACCUAAAGCCGCUCAUCAAGGCGGGUUCACGGAAGUGAUGGUCGAAUGGGCGACAUGUAUGGCCGAAGCUUUGCUUUUGGGUGCGAAGCACCGAUUUUUUGAUCUUGCGCAGCAGUACGAGUUCUCGGCAAAACGGAGCGCUAAUUACCAGCGUGUGAAGGGCGUGGAGGGAUUUGAGUUGGGGGACGAUCCAGUUCUAAGGCGAGUUGCAUCAGCAGGAUGCUGGUUGUUUAGGGAUGAUACGUCUGAAGAAGCGGAAAUGGGGGCCAUCGAAGAUCUGCUUCAAGUAACACAAGAGCUAAAGGAGUGCAUUGCGAAAGCGAGGACACUGGAGAUGAUGUUCCAGGCACGGUAUAGAGGCUGACGAGGCCUGUCCAGUUCUCAACAGUUUUGCAUGACUACGGUGUG